UAUAUGUAUAUUAUCAUAUGCUAUUCAUUAUGAGUGUCAUACCGAGAUCUCGCUGAAUAUAUACUUGUGUAUUUAUUAAAACAGAUGAGGGUUGACCGACCCUUCGUACAGGCCUACUCGAAACUUGCAUUUAUGUAUUUUCGAGUACGCGAUACAUAUACAACACAGUAAUAUUGUUUACAUAAAACCAAAACGUACAUCGUAAAGUAUUCGGACUUGUUCCAGCCGUUAUACUUUUCCCUUGGUUAUAUUGCACGUAAGGAGGACAUAUGUGUGCCCUAACCAGCACGUGCACGCCUGACCUUCGAACCCCUGUAUCCUCUAGUCUCGGGACGUCUCCGAAAGGUUUCCUCUUGUCUCCGUACGUUUGUGAAUAGAAAUGCAGCAACCAGUCGAAAGUAAGAAAUCCAAUGCUGGACUAAGCAUGUGUUGUAACCGGGAACAGUUUCGUCUCCGAAAGUUCGGCUUGGAGCAUAAGCAACCGAAAGACUUCGUAACAUUACAGGUAGGACGGCCCGUACACUAUCUGGUGUGGACCUCGUUCUGGACGGCGUUCCACCUCAUCUGGUGCGCGUAUGAUGCCUACUACUUUAACGCCACGUGGGACGUGCAUCCCGCCUCAUGGCUCGUCUUCCUCACCAACUGGUCCUACACCCUAAUUACUGUCCAUUCCUUUAUCGACUUCAUCACCGCCUGCUAUAUCUUCUUCUAUAAGUCGGGCACGACAGAAGAGGAAAUGCCGUGGUACAUGAAGGUGAACUGGGUGAUCUUCAACCUGAUGAACACGUCGGCGAUACUGCUGACACUAACGUACUGGAUUUUACUGGCGAAAUCACUGGCAGCUACGUCCAUCAACAAGCACGGUAUAAACGCUCUUUACGUCAUCUUGUGUGUCAGUUUAACGGCAAAACCAAUCAAAUUUCAGCACUUUUAUCAACCUGCCAUAUACAAUUUAGUCUAUAUCAUAUUCAACAGUGUUUAUACGCUGAUUUCUGGUGACGCGGUAUAUGCAUUUUUAGACUGGGGUGAACGACCUGUGCCGGCACUGGUCCUUUCAUUAAUGUACGUGUUUGUAUGUUGUCCCGUCAUACAUCUGCUUCUCUACGGACUAUAUCGUCUGCGACUGCGCAUCGCCAGAAGUUGUACGAGGGCAUCAAAACAGCCACCAUUACCCCACGAGGCAGAGGUAGAAAUGGGAAUGCUAAAAAAGACAGAAGAGGCGGACAUUGAUCCAAGUGAUCAAGUGAUAUUGUCUAACGGACACCAUAAGGCUAUUUUCAUUUCGGCCAAAGGCGAUGUCUGACUGGGUUUAAUGAUGAAUAUUAUUUUACCAAUGCAAUCAAAUAUGUGAGUUAAAAGACAAGGGAUCGUGUGUGAUGUGAAUGGGAAUGGGUUAAACUACACUUGGAUUAAACAUAUAUAUUACUGUGUAACGCUUUAAAUUGACGGAUUGUUAUUUUCGCGUGAAGAGCAAACGAGUGUCAUUCUCGCAGUUUUUACCUACCGGUGGAAGGACAAUUCUUGUAAGAUGCAUAUAAGCGAAUGAAAUUGUAGUGGAAAUGUUAGAUUGGAAGUUUUAACCUACCGCGAAAAAUACAAGUAUAAAACUAACGUAAAAAUGACCCGUUAUACAGUAACUAGAUUUAAUGUACUGUGGUGUGGUGGUGUUGUUGUAAACAUUCAUGGUGUAAUCUUACCUUAUAUCUCAUCAUUAUGGACGUUUUACGUCAUCAUGAUUUGUUGUUGAGUUUAUUUAAAACAUUGUUUACAACAUGUGCUGCUUUUUUUUUAGAUGUGUUCAUUUUUUGCUUAAUAUUUGAAAAAUGCAAAAUAAAUAUCACUAAGACUACUUUUUGUUACAUACGUUUACCAUUAAUAGACCAGUAUAAACACGUUUCUGUACAAAAUCACUAAAAAAGAUAAUUUAUCAGUUGUAUAUACAUUCCAUCAUGCCAGCUUUUAGUCAAAUGCAUGCCUGAGUAAGUAUAUUUAUUUAUUUCAUUGUGUUUAAAGACAAAUUUUGUUUAUGUUUUCCCAUGUGUCAGUCAACAAUUUUCACGGCUAUAACACCUAAGUCUCCUUAUCUUAGUUCAAUUUCUCGAUUUCUGAAUUUAUGAAUGAAACUUUUAACUGAUACUUACUAUUCUUACUUUAUUCUGCUGUAACCGCUGAGGUAUUUCUGGGGGAUAUGAUUUAAAUUGAAUAUGAAAAUAUUGCCCUAUUUAUGGGUAAUCAAACGUUAUGUUCCUGUAUUUUUUUUAUGUUGACAGUGUCCACCUACUUUUUUCUAAUCAUGAGGUUUCUAAAACACGUGCUUGAUACUACUCGGUGAGUGUAAAAAAAUAUAGAGUAUUGCUUCAGUUUCCUAUGUAUUUCAGAUUCAUGUGAAUUUAAUAUUUAUUUCUGUUUGUUGACUUGCCUGUGAGCUAAAGUAAAAAAAAGUCGUGACGAAUAUUCAAGAUGUUUUUUGUCACUUGAUCAAUGAUGUAAAAUAUUGUCAUAAUAAAACGGCGAAAACACGA